GCGAGCAGGCGAAUCAGGACCAGUUUCAGGUCUGCACUCACGUCAUACCCACGUUGCUACGUGCCGUCGACAGGCGAGCAGAAGAAGAAGAGCAAGAGGAAUAAAGGACGAAGAAGAUACGGGGGACGUGUUCUUUUAAGAUUAAGGGUUUUCUGAGAAGGACCAUGUCGCGAUACGUGGUCACCCUUUUGUUACUUUGUUGUGUCGGAUUAAGUAGAGGACAGUUUAGAUGCCCGGAACUUAAGGGUUUCUUCCCGGAUCCGGAACAGUGCGAUCUUUAUUACGCCUGCGUGGACGGUAAGGCGGAAGAGAAAUUGUGCAAGGACGGGCUCGUCUUCAGGGACGACAACCCUAAGAAGGAGUUCUGUGAUCUACCGGCCAAUGUACCCUGCGGUGAUAGAACUCUUCUUCAGGAACCACAGCCAUCGAAGGGAUGCCCCCGUGCCAAUGGAUACUUCAAGCACGAAGAUCCGACCGCGUGUGAUCGUUUCGUGAACUGCAUCGAUGGCGUGCCCCAGGUAAUGCCUUGUCCGCCUGGCUUAAUCUACGAGGACAAAAUGUCAAGUUGCGUCUGGGCUGCGGAUGCCAGCAGACUGUGCGAGCACGUGAAGAGAGACGCCCUUGACGAUGGUUUCGUCUGUCCCGACGGUGAUGUGGCUGGUCCCCUUGGCAGGAUCUUACCCCAUCCUACGUAUCCUCAUCCGGAGGACUGCGCCAAGUUCUACAUUUGCAAAAAUGGCGUCCAACCGCAGAAAGGACAAUGCGAGGCUAGCACCGUUUAUAGCGAGGACAGCUUCAGGUGUACCGAUCCGGAGAACGUGCCUGGAUGCGAGGAUUAUUACAAGAACAAGAACUGAGAGGAAAGACAAGGUGCCAGUUACUCGGCGAUACGUUUGUAACGCUUAAUUAUUAUUUUUUUUUUUUUUUUUUUUUUUUUUUUAUUACAUUUAGGAACAAUAAACCCGCGAUACAGUUACGUAAAUGAGUGGCUUUUGCAUACACCUCCACGAUAAUUAUACCUUUCUCCUUAUGUAAACGGAUAUUACGUUCUGGAAAUUUAUAGCGUCGACAAUUUUGUUGACGUUUGUUGUAACGGAGAAAUCAAUAGCCACGACUUAAUUAACAUACCAGGGAGAAAUUUAAAUGACAGCUGAAGAGAAGUCUGCGAUACGUUUCAUUUCGCGUGGUUUCUUUUGUAUACGUAAUUUCGACUGUAAAAUAAAAUACUCCAAUUUUUAACAUUA